CGCUACAGCUUCAGUAGCCGUUGACGGCUCUUGUAGUUGACGGAUCGAUUACACUUCUAUAAUAUUUUAUUUUCCCUUUUUCAUUUGUUUUGUUGGGGAAAAAAGAAAAAGGAGUACAAGUAAGCUUCACUGCACACACAUCCGUCUACAGUGUUCCCAAUCUGAUCAAUACUAAGCUUUUUUUAUUAUUAUUAUUGAGGCUUGUUGCUGCGCGAGCUGUCCGGAUUUGGUUGUGUAUUAGAGCUUUAGGUGAUUAUACAGAGGGCUGGCUAAAAGACUGAGCUAGCUAGCUAACGCUAACGCUAAUUCAUAACCUAAUCCAGCGAUAACAACCUCGAGACGAGUCGGAACAAGACCAGUCUCAGGGCUCACCAUACUCAAUGAGCGUGCAGCGCAAUGUCAGAGCGCUCUGGGCAAACAGCAAAGGGGAAGGAUGGCAAAACCAAGUAUGCGUCUCUCAACCUGUUUGAUACCUACAAAGGAAAGAGCCUUGAAGUACAGAAGCCUGUUGUUGCCCCUCGUCAUGGCUUGCAGUCUCUUGGUAAAGUUGCCUCUGCACGGCGCAUGCCCCCCCCAGCCAACCUGCCCAGUUUGAAGGCGGAGAACAAAGGCAACGACCCCAACGUCUCGCUCGUUCCCAAAGACGGCACAGGAUGGGCAAGCAAGCCAGAAUCAGCAGACCCAAAGAGUACCGAUGUAUCGUCAGCACCGCAGCCGGAGUCGCAGCAGCCUGCGGCUUCACAGAUACCUGCUCCGAGCCUGCCGAGAACUCCUCCAGCUCAAGAGGCCCAAACUACAGCUAUAGCCGCAGGGACAAGGUCCUGGGCUCAGGCCAGUGUUACACAUGGAGUACAAGGAGAUGGUGGAAAGGGAUCAAACCAACCGUCGCCAUUCUCUCGCGAGGAAUUUCCCACCCUGCAGGCGGCGGGAGACCAGGACAAAGCUGGCAAAGAACAGGCCACUGCAGAUCAGUGGUAUGGGCCAGGACCAAGCCUCCGCCCCCAGAAUGUGACGAGUUGGCGGGAUGGUGGGGGCCGCGCACUGGCACCCACCAUAGCUGGGGAGGGGGUAGCGGAGGGCGGUGUUGGGGGAGCCAUGGGAAUGGAGGGUGCAGCUGGGGCCCCUCUCCUUCAGAAUCCCUCCCAUGGGCCACCUAGAAACCCACCUGCAGGCAGCCCCACCCUUCCCCUCCCCCAGCCUCAGGUUGGCCCGCAGUUCCCUCCUUACAGAGGAAUCAUGCCUCCCUUUAUGUACCCGCCGUACUUGCCCUUCCCAGCACCGUAUGGUCCACAAGGGCCGUACAGGUAUCCACCUCCCAGUGAGGCCCCUAGAUUCUCUCGUCCGCAGGGUGGGCCUGCACCAGAGGGGAGGCCACCUGUUGGCCCCCGUGGUGAGGUGGUCAAACGCCCCUCUAUCCUAAAGCAGGAUGACCUCAAGGAGCUGGACGAGCUUGACCAUGAUGGAGAUGAGGGAUGGGCUGGGGCACAAGAGGAGAUUGACUACUCAGCCAAGUUAAAGUUCAGCGAUGAUGAAGGUGAAGAUGAGGGGGAUGAAGAGGAGACUGAAAGCAAGAAUGGAAUUCUGGAACAAAGGGAGCAGCAGAAAUCCCAAGACGGACCUGCCCCAAGUUCACGUUCGCGGACAUCUGAGAGUGGAGGCAGCGCAAGGCACACACCUCCUGUCCCCACGGAUGAGGUUACCCCAGCACCCUCCAGCAAGCCAAACUGGGCCGAGGAGGGGGGAAGCAGCUGGGGCGGUCAGACAAGCGCUGGACCCUACCAGGGGCGUAGGCCUGGACACGGUGGCCCUCGGGAGCAGCCCUCCCCCCCACCAGGUUCACUUCUUGGGCAGGGACCCUACUCCUACUACCGACAGGAACGGGCCUCAAACCAGUCAGCACCCCAGAAGCCGUCUGGUGCUCAGGUCCAGCAACAGAAGGGACCUACCCCUCCACCAUCAAAUGCCCUGCUUAACCAGACACAGGGUGAGGAUGAAGAUGAGACAUGGCGUCAGCGGAGGAAGCAGUCGUCGUCAGAGAUAUCUGCGGCGGUGGAGCGUGCCCGGCGUCGCCGUGAGGAAGAGGAGCGCAGGAUGGAAGAAGAGCGCCGUGCUGCAUGUGCUGAAAAGUUGAAAAGGCUGGAUGAGAAACAGCAGCAGCAACAACAACAACAACAGCAGCACCAACAACAGCAACAGCAGCAGAAGCCCAGUGCUGCCGUGGAAGUUCCUUCGAACAGCCCCACUCCUUCCCUGACGGCUUCAGCCUCUUCAUCCAGCACCAGUCAGCCCCCGUCACCCUGCGUGGACACAGAGGAACCGCCUCUCGCAUCCGCUCAGUUGGGUGGCGCUACACUGGCACUGACUGCUAAUAACAGACAAAGAGCUGGCAGCAACAGCAGCUAUGACUCUAACACUGAGUCGCAGCCGGCUGCUCAGCCUCCUGCCCCCCAGCAGCCCCAUGAUGUACCAGGACCAGUGGAAGUCAAGGAGGAGCCCGUGUCAAGCAGCACACACAUUCGCAGCAGUAGAAGUGGAGAUGAGACAGUGAAGGUAGAGGCAACUACAGGAGGAACAGGAAGGCCAGGGGGUGGAAUGCCUGGUCAGGGCUUUUCCAAGUAUCAGAAGUCCCUCCCACCUCGUUUCCAGAGGCAACAGCAGGAACAGCUCCUGAAACAGCAGCAGCAGUGGCAGCAGCAGCAGCACAGCCAGGCUGCACAAGCCCAACUCCAGUCCCAAACACCUCAGCAGGGCCCGACUCCUGGUGCCACACCACAGCCAGGCCCUAAACAGCCUGCUCUAUACCCACCUGGCUCCAUGGGACGCCCUCCGCCUCUCCCCAUGAGCUUUGACCCUCGGUGGAUGAUGAUGCCCUACAUGGACCCUCGCAUGAUGCAGGGUCGCCCCCAACCUAUGGAUUACUAUCCGGCCAGCAUUCAUCCCACUGGGCUGAUGAGUCGGGAGCGCUCAGAUUCUGGUGGCUCUGGCUCGGAGCAAUUUGAUAGGCAGCAGCAUGGAGGUCCCCCUCAUCCUCAUCGUGGCACACCACCCAUGGAUCCUAAACUGGCUUGGGGACCAGAAGUUUUCCCAGGGAGCGGAGAGGGUCGGGCUCUGAGUUCCCCCUUGAGGCAGAAGCAAGCUCUGGAGGAGGAGGACAUGGGUAAAGGUGCCAGGAGUGACACUCCUCCAGUGCGCACCCGAGAGGGAGGUACAGGUUCCAUACAGCCACCUGUUGUGGGCACUAACUCUCCUUCUGGCUCCACUGAUCAGGCGAUAUCCCCUGUGGGGACUCAAGCUGGCCAUCACCAGCCCUUCUUGGGAGGGCGUGGAAAUUACAGCAGCUUCCCAGAUAAUGGAUCCAGGAUGGUUUCUCAUCCACAGCAGAGGGUUAAUAGUGCUGGAGAACUUCGUGGCUUUGGCCACCAAGAUGAAGCCCCACAGGGUGGCCAGCAGAAUCAAAUCUGGGGGGCUCCACAUCCUCACUUUGACCGCAAUGGCCGUGCUGAUCUCACCCCCUUGGAAAACAACCCCCAUUUGCAGCAUCACCAUGCUCAUCCGCCACAUUACACUCUCCAUUCACACAAACAGGAGAAUGGUAGAGAACGAGAGAGAGGAGGAGAGCCCAAGAAGACCGAAACCUCCCCUCCACUUCCCCAGCCAUGCCUUUCUUCCUCCUGCUCUUCUUCUUCCUCUUCCUCUUCAACUAGAGAGGAUGGCAGCGGAAAGCAGUCACUACAUCAUCCCCCGACCCAGCAUGAGCAUGACACUGGACCCAGGGGUGUUGGACGGAAACAGGACAAAACAGGCAGCACCUACCUUCACACACAGUCCUCCCAGCAUUCAGUGCAGCAGCACCACCCCAAAUCUAACUCUCGUGGUCGGGAGCAAAAGACUGAAACUCAGUGGGGCCCAAGGCCUGGAAGUAGUAGUGCAAGUGGUGGACCUGCACAUAACAGAAAGGGGGGCUCUGGAAUGGGUGGAAACACAGGAGGGGAAGACUUGACCAGUCAGAUUGAUAAGCCUGCUGUCCAAUCAGGAGGUGGUAACCCCAACAAGCGAGUGGGUCCUAUUAAGCGACCUGUGCUGAAGGAAAUGAAGAGGGAGGUUGGUGAAGGUGAGGGAGGAGAGAAAAACACCGCAGGCUCUGCAAAAGAUAAAGACCAUGAUGCCAAUCACGCAUCAGUUAAGCAAGCGUCAGUCUCCAGUUCUCAAGCCUCAUCUGGACCUUCUGGUAAAGAUGAAACUGCUCCUCCAGGAAAGCCAAGAAACGGUGGCAAGGAGCGAGGUGCUGGUGGGGGCAUGAGUAAAGCAUCCAAAGAAGGAGAAAACUCUGUCCAAGCCACUGGCUCUUUAGCUCCACCUUCCAGGAGGGACAGAGAGCAUUCUUAUGAGACAAGUGGCAGUGCAGGGGGUGCUACAUACCAUGCGGGCUCUUCCCGAGGAAGCCGAGCAAGCCGUGGAAGGGGUGAGUUCUAUGGUCGAGGCAGAGGCUACAGGGGCAGUUAUGCAGGCAGUGCACGUGGUAGGGCAGGGGGCAGAAGCAGCCGAGACUACAGAUCCACUGCCAACAGUGGUUAUCAGCAUGGCGCCUCUAACCAAGAUCAUAAGAGGGAGGGGUCAUCAGGCAGACAUGGCCAGGGAGGCUCUCAGCCAAACCCUGGACGUGCCAGGAACCACAGCGAAACCCGAAGUGAGGGCUCAGAGUAUGAAGAAGUGCCGAAAAGAAGAAGGCAAAGGGGUUCUGAAACGGGCAGUGAGAGUGCUGCUAGUGACCUUGCGCACUCUGACAAAGAGGAUCGCAAGCCAACUGCCAAGAAAGGAGCAGGGGGAGAGAAUUUAGGUGUGGGCAAUGCCCCAUCUUCAGCACCGCCAAGAAAUACGCAAACCAGAGUGUUCACCCCUAGAGGAGUGCCAUCUAGACGUGGCAGGGGUGGAGGUGCCACUGGAGGAGGUGUCUACAGAAAUUCAGGCAGUGGAGGAGGUACGUCUGGCGGACACCGUCCUGGGCCUAGUUCUUCUCAAGGUGUGUCUGCUAAAUCGUCUGCAUCAGCCCGAAAGCAACACAUACCCCCACAGCCCUCUCUAAUAAAAGAACCAAGCCAUGGAUCUAAUGGGGAAAAGAAAGAGAAGGCUACUGAGCAGGGUCAGUCUCAGAACCAGGGUGUAAACUCUUCAGUAAUCUCUGGUCCUAUGGUGCCCACAACUACCCAGUUGGGCACUGAAAAUGGAGGUGUGGCCCAGAGCUUAAACAACACCAAUUCCAAUUCCUCUGGACCCAAACCGAUUCUUUUGCCUAAUGCUGAUGGACGAAACAUUCUGCAUAGAGGAUUUGAGCGCCCUCCCCGUCGCAGACGCCAUGGGCGUUCUCAACAUCAGCAAGACAAGCCCCCUAGAUUCCGCCGGCUUAAACAGGAGCGGGAGAAUGCAGCCCGUAUCAAUGGAAGUAGCGGAAUAAUUGAAGCUGUGGGUGUGCAACAACAGCGGUCUGCUUCGCCAUCCCAGAAUUCAAUGCAAGAUGGAACGCCUAAUGUAUCCUCUACCACUGGUGUUGCAAAUACAAAUCACAAUGUCUCUGCAACCAACAGUAACAAUAGCAGCUAUCUCGGGGGUGGGAACCUGAAUCUGAAUAGUCACCACCAUCACCACCAUCACUACCAUGGCAACUCUGGCCUGCCCCAUUCUCAGCACCACCAUAACCACAACCAGACUGGUGGUGCCAAAUCUCCAGACGUCUCCAAUCAGAACUCUGACCAGGCCAAUGAGGAAUGGGAAACUGCCUCUGAAAGCAGUGACUUUGCAGAGUUUCGAGAGAGGGAAGGUGGCGGAGGAGGAGGAGGAGGAGGUGGAAAAUCCUAUUCCUCCUAUCACCAUCACCAUCCUUCAGGAAGAGGAAGCGGAGGAGGGGGAGGUGUUGACCGAGAGAUAACUACUAAAGAAUCGGCCGCCAAUAAGAGGAGCUUCUCCAGCCAGCGGCCUGGAAUGGAAAGGCAGAAUCGGAGGGUCAGUGCUGGUGGCAGUGGCGGUCGAGGUUCCAGAGGUCCACCUACCGGUGGCGGACCGGGUGGUGUAUCGGGUAAUGGAGGGGCCAAUCGUGGUGAGAGGCGUGGCAAUUGGCCAUCUCCCAAGAACAGGAAGUGAAUUCCCCACCCCUUUCCCCGCCUUUUUAAUUUAGCAACAUUUCAAAUUCAUCCCUCUUUUUCUCUUCCCCUCAUUCAUUUCUCAAUUCGCAUCCCCUAACAUAUUACCACAUUAUUAUUAUUAUUGUUAUUAUUAUUAUUAUUAUUAUUAUUGUACAAGAUAUAGUUAUGAAGAUGAUGUACACACUCAUUCUAGCACCCUUGGUUUAAUGCUUUGUGUCUUGUCCCUUUUAUUUGUCCAUGCACACCUUCUUUCCUUUCACACAAGCCCCAAGUUCUACUCAGAUUAGGUGUCACAUUACCUUAAUUGACAACCCUUCAGAUAUAAAAAUGUUUGCAUAUACAAGCACAAUAUGACCUCAGACUGACACACAGAUACUCAGCAUGUGACUGCAGUGUGUAGGAGGCCUACAUUAGUAGCAUGGAGUAGUGUCUGGAAGUAUUUAUGAAAGGCCAAUGUUUGUGAUGUCCCUGUGUAUUUUUACAAUGUUGGGGGUUUAGCAGUUCGGCAUAUUCUUCAGGUUGGAAUUGGGGUUAGGUGUGCAGUUACUCUUUUAAUAUGAAGAUAUGUUCCUUAGAUUUGCUUUUUCCUCCUUUUUGUGUCGUCUUUCCUUUUACCUCAUUGUUCAGUUUGUUUCAUAUUCCCUCCCUUAAAAAGUUAGGGCUGUAAUGUUUCUUUUCCUCUGCAAAGCAGGUCAUUAAAAUGCAUUUUUUUUAAUCAGCAUCCUUCUUGAUUUAUUUCUCAGUUUUUCAGUUCAUUGCUAAUUUCUGCUUGCCCAACCUAUGAAGUACUAAUGUUCACAUUUACUGUUUCUAAUAUCACUGCUGUAGCUCCUUGUUCAGAACUAUAUAGUGUGACUUUUUAAUUCAAGGUUGUUGGAUGAUUGCUUCUCUGCUAUUGCCUUUUUUUUUUUUUCUUCUUUUUUUUCAGAUUUUUUUCCCAGCAGGUCAUUUGGGUGUUUCAGCCUCUGCAUAGAAUAUUAAUUCUAUUAUUCGCAAACAGAGUUACUUACUGUUUUGUUCAGGAAAAACAAGUAUUCCAACUAUAAGACAAUGGAAUCUGUGGGCUUUAAUAACUUUUACUCCUCCUCCUUUAUCCCCCCUACAGGAACAUCAUUUUAUGUCAUUAUAAGGCUAUUUAUUUUGACAGCCUACUCUUAUUCGACUUUGCAGCGAAGAAUAAUAUACUGAUUAUUUGAAGUACCAUCCAGUUUGAACUUGCUUUUCUUUUUAGAACGCAAGUACCCUCGCACUCGGCUCUCUACUUUUUUCUUUGUUUCUUUUACUCUCCAUCUCUGCCAUGUUUUGUGCAUCUAUUAAGUGUCAUAUUACGGUUCCUUUUAAACCAAAAUAGGCAGUAAGUAUUGUGCUGUUGUUACAUUUGCUCACCAGUUCUGGUAAAUGUAGAGUGAAAAAGUAAGUGCUCUGUCUGAUCACCAUCCAUUUAGUUUCCAUUAUGUCUUGCAUUUAAAAAGUAGUAGGAUGAAACUAAGUGCCGCUUCUGCUCAACGCGGUGUGUCUGGAGUAUUGGCGACUUCUCAGUAGCACUGAAUAGCAGACAUUUCACAGACCAAUUUCACACAUCAUCUUGUUAAAACAUAUAUUUUUUACCAAUGAGUUUGUCACCCUUUUUGAAAAGUUCCAUAAGUAAGAGUUGCAUGUACCCACACACAAAAUAAAAUAAAAUAAAUCUUCAAGUACACGUCUGAAUUGAAACAGGUACAAGGACAUGCCCUAGUGUAUUCUGACCAGCAUAGAUAUUUUACUACUGCUGUAAGUUGGGGUUUGUUUUCUGGAUUUGCCUGUGUUUGGAGAGUAGUUUGGAUAACUGAAUAGAGCUUAUAAAUGAAACGUAAGAGUGUGUAGGGCAACUGAUGAGUGUGUGUGUGUAUGUGUGCGCAUUAUCUCUACUGUAUGUAUAUUUUUUGGGGUGGGGGGGUGGGUGGGCUAAAAGCAAUUCUUUCUUUUUUUUUUGUGGGACAGUUAUCUUUCUUUUUCUAACCCUUUUGUGGGAUGAUACUAGGAUGUUUAUACCGUGUUCAUUAUAUACACUCAUGGAUAUGCAUUCAAGUGUGUGUAUGUUUAUCCAAAUGAAGUACUUGCAGUGAAAAUCAUUUAACAUCUCUUGUCUCCCUAUGGGUAUAUUUUACUUUAUUUUUUAUUUUGUUUGUUUGUUUGUUUGUUUUUGGCCCUCACUGACAUUUUAGCAUGAACACAUCCUCAUUUGCAUCUUGGAGAGCCUGAACAUUGGCAGCCAUGCAUCAGGUUCUGAGUGCUAUCUAUCCUUUAUCCUUCCUUCUAAACAUUUAGCUAUCUAUCAAUGUGGUCACUAUCAUAUGUACCCAUGUUUAAUGAGUAAAUAAUACUACCCAUUCAAGUGUAUUCCUGGAAUACUCAAAGAUUGUACUAUACUUCGACCGCACUAAGGUACCUGAAGUGGUUACAACGUUUAUAGCAUUUAUGGUUUAUUACUGGAGCCUUGAUAUACACACAUGUAUGUAUAUUGGUAUGUAUCUAAGUUCGUCUACCCCAACUUACAUUCCCAAAAAUGAUUGUUGCCAUUUUUAAGUUCAUGGGAGCAAUGUACAAGCAGAGAAGUGUCUUAUAAUAAAGUAUACAGAGAAAAAGAGUUAAAUAAAAAUCUUUUUGUUUUAAUGGAA